CGGUCUAACAGCGACAGCAAGUGUGACACAGCCAGCGGGGAGCAGAUGUUAUGAGAAGACAGACAGCAUGCCAAGCAGUAAGCUCCAGGGGCCGGUGAACUCCCUCCAGGACCUGUCCGUUAACCUGUCCAGUGGAUUGCAGACUAGAGUGGUGCCACCUCAAAACCCAAAAAUGACCAGAGACGAGGGGGCCAGACUAACGCUGACCCCCUCAGCAUUUCUCAGGGAAAUGUCUCUAAGCACAGAGCAGAAACUGGCCAAUACGAAAGUGAUGUAUCUACCAAGGAUCAUUGAGCUGCUUGACAUGAGUGAGACCAGCCAUCAGAAGUUUUCUAGUGUGGAUUUGGACCAAGCAUUGUUCCAGCCCUUUCCUUCAGAGAUAGUCUUUCAGAAUUAUGUGCCCUUUAAUACGUAUGAAGUGCCACUGGUCUUGAGAAACAAUGACAAGGUGCCACGGCUAGUGAAGGUCAUUCAGGAGAGCUCGCCGUAUUUCAAAAUCAUCAGCCCCAAUGAUGUGUGCAAUAAAGUUGCCCCAGGGAUGCCGUCUACGUUCCGCAUCAUGUUCACCCCUGAAGAGAAUAAGGACUAUUUCCAUGAAGUUAUUUGCAUUACAGAACGGGAGAAGUUUCUUGUUCCUAUCCGGGCAGUUGGGGCUCGUGCCAUGUUGGACUUUCCGGAUCAGCUAAGUUUCCAGGUCUGUCCUGUGAAAUACAAUUCACAAAAAACUCUCCUGGUGCGGAACAUCGGAAAUCGUGAGGCUUGCUUUCAGCUGCACACACAGAGGCCGUUCUCGGUGGAUCCCGUGUCAGGAACAUUGGGGGUUGGGGAAAGCAUGCAGGUUACAGUAAACUUUCACCCUCAAGAUGUGGGGGACCAUGUUCAGGAUUUAAUCAUUCACUAUGACACAGGAGAGGACAUUCGUGUGAGUUUGUACGGAGCAUCCAGUGAUAUCAAUGUGCGACUUGACAAGAAUUCUCUGAUUGUUGAAAAAACGUUCUUGUCUCUGGCCAAUCAGCGGACUGUUACCAUUAUUAAUCGCAGUGAUAUCAUCGCACAUUUCCAGUGGAAAGCCCUGGCAACUGCGCAAGAGGAGGAGCAACAAAAACUGAGGUUCUGUUCAGAUCUUCACACAGAGGAAGAAGAGGAAAGUGAUAGCUUCCUGCAAGAAUGCAGCGCAGAUCCCUCCCUCCGUGAGCGCCUCUCGCUGCUUAGCCGCACCUUCCACAACCGACGACGCAUGGUGCAGGCUGAUGCCAUGCUCUUCACAGAUGACAUCUUUCAUAUAGAACCUAUGGAAGGAGACAUUUGGCCAAACUCAUCUGUGGAAAUCAGAGUUCUCUUCAAGCCUCGAGAAGCCAAGUUAUACCAGCGCAUCAUCUACUGCGACAUAACCGGUCGUGAAUCACGCCUUCCAUUGCGUAUUAGAGGGGAAGGUCUUGGUCCUAAGCUGCUCUUUAACUUUGAUAAACUGGACAUUGGAAAGAUAUUUGUUGGCUCCACACACAGCUAUGAGGUUAUCUUGACGAACCACGGAGCGAUCGAUGGGAUUUUCACUCUAAACCGACCCUCCACGGCUGUGGGAUCCUUCUUUAUGUUUGAACCCAGUGAAGGCAUUGUUCUGCCAGCAGGACAUCAAGCUAUUCAAAUAUCUGUGUGCUGUGGGAUUCUAGGAGAAUUCAGCCAGGAGUUUGAGUUCACGGUGGACGGCUUGCCUGAGGUCCUAAAACUCACCAUCCAGGGCUGUGUUAUUGGACCCACCUUUCACUUCAGUGUGCCUUCCCUGCAUUUUGGGGAUGUUUCUUUUGGGUUCCCACAAACCUUAAUGUGUUCACUGUGUAAUACCUCGCUGGUACCUAUGACCUUUAACCUACGUAUCCCCGGAGAUGGUAACGGAGAACCAAGUGUUACAAGCACCAGUCAGAUUCUAGAGGACACAAGGUCUUCCUGGAGACAACCAACACAUGGAGGCACACGUCCUCAGGAGUUCUCCAUCACACCCAGCCAAGGCACCAUACGUUCUCAGGGAUGCCUAGACAUCAAGGUCACAUUGUGCUCCAAUCAAGUGAAGAAAUAUGACGUGGCCCUGGUAGUAGACGUGGAUGGCAUUGGAGAGGAGGUCUUGGCUCUGCCUAUCAUUGCCAGGUGUUUUGUACCAUCACUUUGCCUGGAGGAUCCUGUCCUGAAGUUCAAUCGCUGUUUCAUUCACUAUCCGUAUCAGAAAACCGUCACCCUGAUCAACCCUAGCAGCCUUCCUGGCUGUUACUGCGUCUUGCCCCAGGAGGCAGACAGUACAUCUACUAUACGCUAUUACAGCCCUGCAGCACGUGGCAUCGUGGGACCAGAAAGCAGUGUUAACGUGUCAAUUAUCGUGGAAGCUCAAACUGUUGGGGAACAAUUCAUCAAUGCCCGAAUUGCAGUAUAUGGCAGCGCCGAGCCUCUACUGGAACUGGAACUGGUCUGUAUCGGAGAAGGACCGGUUGUGCACGUGUCUCCUAGUGAAGUGGAUUUUGGGAAUAUCCAGGUUCUGACUGAUGUUUCAAAGACUCUCCACUUGUGCAAUCAGUCGCGAAUUUCUGCCCCGUUUGAGGCUUAUAUGGCACGCAAGAGAUCUCCAUGGCGUAUUGAACCCAGUCAAGGGGAGGUUCCUGCAAAUGGCGAAGUACGACUUACAUUGAUCACACACCUGGAAGACACCGUCAGUUUCACAGAUAAAGUCCAGCUGUUCAUUGCAAAUAGCAACACCUAUCACAUCCCACUGCGUGCGGUGGGCAUUGGGACCACUAUAGUCACUGACAGAGCCUUUGCACCAGUCCUGAACCUGGGAUCUCAUUUCAGUUCUGGACCCUGCCGUUAUCACUUUACAAUGACCAACCAAGGUCGACGUACACACCAACUUUACUGGAUGACUGAAGGCUUUCCUCAAUUUCGCAAGCGUCCACAGCUCCCCAGCCUUAAAUCAGGUACUUUGAACCCUGAGCUCCCUUUUCCAGUCUUCAAACUCAACCCAUCACGCAUGGAGUUGCAUCCGGGCGAGAGCAUUGACGUUACGCUUGAAGGAUCUUCAGAUGUACCAAAAGUGGUGAAGGAGAGGCUUCUGGGACAGGCCAUCAUCGGCAGGCAGUCUGGGAAGGAGAAGAUCAUGACAGUGGACGUCAUUUGUGAAUUCAUUGCUCCCAUUUUACAGCUAUCUGCUGGGAACCUGCACUUUUAUCUGGAGAAGAAACCAGAUGAUGUUCUGGAAGCACAGUGCAAAUCUCUGACUAUGAAAAAUAUUUCCUCGCUACCUCUCACAAUAUUCCUGUCCCUGAGUCCUCCGUUUUCAAUUUACUACAAGGACAUAGGACAAGAUGCGGAUGUGCAGGAAGCUCACAGGCUGGAGGUUGGAGAGGAGAAGGAGCUUACCGUAUGCUUUGACCCGGUCUAUGUCAAUGACCACCUUAGCCGAGUGAUAGAGGAGGUUCUGACAAUCAGAUAUGCCGAGCACCCUCACACGGACUGUGUGUCCUUACAGGGGGAGGUUCACUUUCCCAACCUCCACUUCCCCUUUACCGAGAUCCACUUUGGCUGCAUUCUGAAUGACACUGAGAGUACCAAGGACCUACAGGUCACGAACUCCAGUCCCUUUCCAAUCCAAUAUCGCUGGUUCUAUCGGACUGAGCCUUGGCAGAGCCACAGCAGAGAGAAUCUGCUACAGGAGCCUAAAGCAGGGGAUGGAAUUAAGAUGGAAUUAAGUGGUGACCAUUGCAGAGAGCACCAGGUUGUGACACCUGAAGCUGGGACAGAAGGGCUUACUGGUCCUGGGCUAUCAGUCUCCUCCUUAUCAGAAAGAGAAGAGCGAGUCCCCACUGGUGUAGAGGAGGUGUUUGACAUCCUUCCUCUGUUUGGAAACCUGGAGCCUGGGGAGAGCCAGACCGUGAGCUUUACAUUUUAUGGGCAUGCUGGUAUCCGUGCCCAUGCACUUGCUCUCUGUGAGGUGCAUGGAGGUCCUACCUAUGAGAUCAGCCUUCAUGGAGAGGCUUCACUUGUCAGUUAUACGCUGAGUGCAACGGACAUAGACUAUGGCAUCCAGCCGUUUGAUAAAGUGGCAGAAGCUGACAUCAUUCUCCGGAACACAGGCCUGGUUAGUUUCCCAUUCACUGUUCUUAACUCCACCAUGAGCCUCCAACCUGGGAAACCUCUCAUUCAACCACUCAGUGGUCACAUAGCAGCUGGUGGGGAGAAAAUCCUGAAGGUGUCUUAUUUCCCAGGACUCCCUGAACCUUUCCAUCAAGUUAUCCAGCUUCAAGUAGCUCAUCUGGAACCAGAGAGUAUUGGAAUUCAAGGCGAAGGAGUAUUUCCAAGAAUUUGCUUGGACCUUCCUCGUGUUAUUAAUGAAAACGAGAGACUUCAGCCCUAUCUGAGAGAGGCAGAGAAAAGGAUCAGAGAGACCGCCAUUAGCAACUCAUGUCUGACCCCAAAUCUGGAGUCUCCUCAGGAGCAAUGUGACAGCACUAUGGACACACUGCUGCAGAUGGAGCUGGAGUGUUUGUUAUUGAAGGAACAUGUCCAAGAAGAGCUAACACUGGAGUGUCCAGGAGAUCCUGGUCAUAGAGCUCGGAGCAAGCUUCUGAGAGUCUUCCUCCCCGAGUAUGUACUGGACCUCGGCUUUGUGAUCCUGGGAGAAAUCCGGACACACAUAAUCAAAAUUACGAACACUGGACACUUUCCUGUGUCCUUCCAUGCAGAUAGGCGUGGACUAAUUGGUACAGGAUUUAGUACAGAGUUAGAUCGGGUGAAGAACCUGCCAUGCGGCCAGACAGAAAUUUUCCAAGUGAAAUUCGAUCCUCGUGGUGCCAAUCUCAGUCUUGGCCAGGUGGAAGUGGUGAUGCCCAUUCAGGUGUCAGGGGGUCCCACGUUUCCUGUACGACUCAGGGCCUCGGUGACAAUGCCAUGUCUCAGAGUUUCCUGUGAUACUGUAGAGUUUGAUCCGGUACAGUGUGGCCAGUGCCAGAUCAGAUCGAUACAGCUUUACAACCAGUUUCCUGUACCCUGUGAAUGGAGCAUUAGGAAAGAAGACCAAGAAGUCAAGAUAGACAAGCACAUUCCUAUGCACCUGCGCAAAAAAUGUAGACCGGAAGUUAAGCCAAAAGCUCCUAUCUUUGAGAUGAUUCCAGCUACGGAUGUCCUACUUCCUGGACAGAAGAAAAACGUGGAGAUUAAAUUCCUUCCCCGGGAAGAGAAGCUAUACAGCCAGCGUUUGGUGCUGCACUUGGCACAGAGCAAUCAGCGGGUUCUGCUACAUGUUCUGGGUCAGGGAUUGGAGCCUCGGUUGGAAUUCUCCCCAUCUGUUCUGGAGAUGGGCCCCAUCCUUCCAUUGAGUCCAGGGGAUGCCAUGGACAUCCUGGUGAGGAACCCCUGUAGCUUUCCCAUCGAAUUUUACUCUCUGGAGAUGGAUAAGCAGUAUCUGGAGGAAGAGAAGAUACUGCGAACACUGACGUGUUAUGAUUCACAUAAGACAUUGUUACUACCACCUCGGCUGCCAGGAGAAAAGUUGCCUUUAGAAAUCCUGGAGUAUUAUGAAGAAAACAGACCUCUGCUGGUAGAAGAGACAGAGAAUCUCAAGAGUGGUGCUGGAGCUGAAGCAGAUCCUUACUCUGACCCAGAAAAGAACAAGCAAAACCCUGAGCCUCCGCGUGCCCUGUCAGCAGCUAGUGAUGGUGAGAGUCAUUCUUCUGAAGGCAAGCUCGAGGUUGUUGAAAGUGAGCUGGAAAAGAAGGCCCUUUCAGGAAAGGUUCCGGACAGUGUUCGUAAGGCUGUGGGAGACUUGGAAUAUAACCCUGUGACUCAAGCUAUUGCCAGAUACAUGGGGAUUGACACCAGCAGUGAGGGUCGAGCAGCUGCUAACCGCAGAGGCAUUGCCAUCAUCAUGCAUGGGUCACCCCUUACCGGUAAGUCCUCUGCUGCCGUGGCUUUGGCUCAGCAUUACGGCAUUGCCUGUCUGUCUAUAGAUUCAGUGGUACUUGAGGCUAUAUCUGACGGUAACAGCCCCGCUGGGUUACGGGCUAGACAGCUGUGCUCGAAAGCUUCAUUGGAACAGGUCCUAAGGCAGAGCGAGGAGUCAGCCUUACAGGCAGUGGAUGGUAGUGGCCAGUCUAGACUCAGUGUGGAAGCAUUAGCCAAACAUACGGCAGAGGGAGGUCAAGGAUUAGAGACUAAAAUGGCUCCACAGUCCAUCAUCUCACGUAGCAACCGAGGUAAUCUAGGCCAAGGGAAGAGCAAAUCAGACCUCCACCUUGUGCAGGGAGCAAAGCACCUUCAUCUUCCAGAACCGCUGGGAUCACAGACUGGAAGUUCCCCUCUACCUCCUGGUCCUGCACAGCAGCGUUUGAGUGUGAGUGCCAGUGUAGGUGGUGAAUUGGGUCUGGUGAGCUGUGUUCUUCCAGAAGACCUUCUACAAGAUAUCCUGAGUGAGAGACUUCAGCUUAAUGACUGCUUCCGGGGCGUAGUGUUUGAUGGCUUGGACACCCUGUUUGCCCGCAGUUCCCCAUCUGCUCUUCAGAUUGUGUUGAAAGCUCUGAAUAAUCGCCGACACAUAUACUUUAUCAACCUUCACCAGGAGUACUCUGCUAUGAGGGCUCGUGAGCAGGCACAGAAGCUGCAGGAUGAGCAGGAGAAACUGCGCAUGCAGGCCCAGGAAAAAGCUCACCUGGAAGAAAUGGACGAAGACGCGUAUGACAACCUUCCAGAUGAUGAACGAGCUCGUAUUGACAGACUGCGUCUCAAUGCGUUACGGGAGCGCAAAAAAAGGGAGAAGGAGGAACACCAGGCUAGAGAAGAGUGUGAACGAAAGCUACAAGAGGAACUAUUAAAACAACGUGAGGAGGAGGAGCUGCGGAAAAAGACUCGUAGAGGGAGGAGUCGAGAUUCGGACUUUGGUGGAAAGAAAAGUCAAAUGGGAAUCAAACAGCCCACCAACCAGCUUAACUUGAAACCUGACCAGCGCUUGGACUUUGGCAUGGAUAAGAAAGUUUCAGUGAAGGAGCGUCCAGAGUCCGUGCUGAAUGAAAAUGAAGAUGCCAGCAAGAGGAGUAAGAGUAAAGACCCUGUGCCACAUGUAACUCUCCUUGAUGAUUUGGAGAAAGAUCUUGGCACGGACAGUGACAAGCAACUCGUCCAAAGGUUCAGAAACUAUGAGUCCUGUCACAAAGAUAUUGUACACAUCCUAACAUUCUGGGACCGUGUGAAAGGCACCCUGUUGAGCCCUGUUGUUGAUGACAGUCAGCGCGUUGCGGAAGAGCAAUCGGCAGAACGCCAGGCACCUUCUGGCAAGAAGCAUCGCAAGGACCGAGAGCGGGAGCGACAAGAGAAAGCAGAAAAGGAUCGAAUUGAGAAGGAAAGGGCAGAAAAGGAGCGCAUGGACAGACUAAAAACAAUGGAGCAGGACUCGAGUACACACAGCCCUCUGGACACUGAGGCUCAGGAACCACAUGAGACAGCGCUGAGCACGGAGACUGGAGUUCCUGUCUUUGAGUUCCAAGUGCUGGGUUCCCAUGACGCAAGUGAUCAAACUAUCUUACAGAGUGGGAAGUUACCAUUGGUGGAAGAGAUCCUAGAUGGCCUUGGAUUGGGCCCUUCAGGUCCUCCUCGUCCACCCCCUUGCUACUUCUCUGUUGUCCAAUUCCCAGAAAAGAGGGCAGUGUCAACUAAUCUAGAGAGCUUCAGCCAUUUUACCUUCAUCGCAGCUUCUCCAGAUGAUCCCAAUGUGAUAGUAGAAGAAAAAAAGGAAUCCGACCCUCCAGAAGUUGAACCAGUGCUUACUAUCCCAACACCUAAGGACGAUCAGCUGACACCUACUAAGGGUCGAAACAAAAAAGAGAAGUCCGUAGAUACUGGACGUGAGAGCCAGAAAGACAAACGCAGACCAGCCUCUACACGCAAGAACCUACCAGUUGUGGACAUCCUUUCUCCGCCACCUGGUGCUGGUACUCCUGUUUCUGAUGUGGAUCAGGGCAGCAUCACUGGAGAAGUACCACUGAGCAAGUUACAACGGCUUGGCAUAUUCCGCUGGGUUGUUCCUGCAGGGGGAGAAGUUUUUCUAAGAAUUCACUUUGCCUCAACCGUUAUUGGGAAUUUUGACCAAACUAUGAAUUUUGAAGUCCUGGGAACCUGUCGCAGAUACCAGCUAUACUGUCGGGGGGUUUGUGCCUUUCCUGCCAUUUGCCAGGACCCCAAGCGCAUCUUUCCUCAGUGCAAGAAGGAGGUGAAAGCAGAUGAGAUUUGCCAGAAGAAGUUCAUAUUGAGCAGUGGAGUGUUUGAGUUUGGGCCCCUACUGUGCGGUAAAGCUAGAGAAAGGUACAAAGCAGGUCAGUUUCCAGAGAAUAUGGAGACCAUUAUGAUUUGCAACGUGUCUCCCAUUGAAUCCGAGAUCAACUUUGGUUUUCAACAUGACAUGAAAGCAACUACCUUCAUCUUAGACCCACCGACCAUGACGCUGAAACCCAAUGAGAAACAGAUGCUUUCCAUUUGGGCAUACCCCACCUCUCCUGGUGUGUUUGAGGAUAACAUUGUCUGCUGCAUUAAAGAUAACCCCCUGCCUGCACUAUUCAGAGUUUCCUGCCGCGGUGUCCGACCAGAGCUGGAGUUAGAUCGCAAGCACAUUCAUUUUGACAAAGUCCUUCUGCAUCGGAAGGACUCUCGGACAAUCUUCCUGAGAAAUAGCAACCUUCUCCCUGCUGCCUGGCGUGUGAUCGGCCUUGAAAACCUGGGGGAUGAGUUUUCUGUCUCCCAGGAUCAAGGAAUUGUUGGCCCUCGUUCACAGUAUGGUCUUCAAGUUCACUUCAAGGCAGCCAAAGCCACUAACGUGAAGAAGUUCAUCCGUCUGGAGGUCUCCGAUGUAGAAAAUAUCUUGGGAAUCGUUCAGCUUGAAACAAUUCAAGUUUUAGCUGAGGCUUAUGAUGUAUCUCUAGAUAUCAGCUUCCCAAAAGGCACAGAUGGCGGCUUGGACUUUGGAGUUGUGAAGGUGAAUGACGAAGUUAAACACACCAUUUCUCUGAAGAACAAAGGGAAAUAUGAGAUCGGUUUCAGCUUCUCCCUGGAAGGCACCUGUCCUGGUAUGGUGGAUCUAAACUCCAUCUUUUCCAUUACGCCCCAGAAGGGACCUCUGGCACCUAAUGAUCGCUCCACUCAGGUGCAGAUCCACUUCCAAUCCAAAAGGGAAGUGGAGAUUGAAGACAAGCCCAUUCUAAGAUGCCAGGUUAUUGAGCCCAGCUUGAGUGAGGGUGGAGAGACCAUUGCCAGUAUCCCCAUUCGGGUGUCUGUACGCUCUGUUUUCUCAAAAUACCGGAUCACUCCAUCAUCAGACAUUAAUUUUGGGGCCAUGGUUCUGGGAAGCCGGAAGCUUUGUUCCUUCACCCUGGAGAACUUGUCCCAGCUGGAAUUCCGUUACAGUAUCAGUAAACUGAUCCGGGAAGUCAUCAUUCAACCUGUCAAGAAAGGGCUGGCUCCCGGUAUAAAGAGGACGCGCUCACGAGAAGGUUCCGGAUCUAGCAAAUCAGUCAGCUUCAACAAGGCGAAACGCACUGAUUCUCAAAUGCGAGAUAUAAGUACAACUGGCCAGGCACGCCUCACUUUGGGCAUGUUCACUGUCUCUCCUGGUUUUGGAACGGUUUCCCCAGGAACACAUCAGACCAUCAAUGUUGACUGCUUUGCUGAACAGCUGGGCCGAUGUGAGGAAUUACUGUCUAUUGAUAUAUCUGACCGGGAUCCAGAAGAUCAUUCCAAUGGGGUACCUUUUCGUCUCGUGACUGAAGUUUGCACCCCAGGUUUUGUGACAGAUGAUAUUGGCAGUAUCUUUGAGGAGCACCGUAUUGUGACGGAUACUAGGAUCCUGCAAUGCUUGCCUUCACUGCUGACAGGAGGGGUGUACCUGCAGGAAGAGAACCGUUUCUUGUUCUGUAACGUAAUAGUGGGACAGUCGUAUACAGCUCGUUUUAAAAUCAUUAAUUCUGGCAAGGUCCCCUGUGAUGUUACCUUGGCACUCAAGCCCAGCUCCGCAAAGUCAUCGUAUCGAGUGAAUGACAUGUUUGAGAUUGAGCCACAGAGAAUGAACAUCCCAAGUCACAGCCAGUGUUUUGCGAGUGUGACGUUCAGCCCACAGAGCAUGAUGUUGUAUCAGUGCAUUUUUGAAGCUUCUGUGGAGGGAAUCAGCAGUGUUCUGUCCAAGGCUCGAAAUCUGACCUUUGAAAUCAAUGGUGAAGGAAUCCUGCCUCGUAUAACCGUUACCCGACCUGCACUGCGCAACAAACGUGGACACCCACUUCUUCUUUACCAAAGGCUUUUAAUUGGUCAACACCAACAGCUCCCACUAGUCUUAAAAAAUGAAGGGUCCAUUGCUGCAAAGGUAAACAUUGAUCUGACUGGAGAAGAACAUGUUUUCACUUUAAAGCCGAAACCCGACACUCAGUGCAUUUACCCAGCGUGGAUUGAGAACAAUACACAGAAUAUGGGUCAGCGGGCACACACAGCUUCUCUGAUCAUCCAUCCUGGGCACACACCACAAUUUGAUGUGGUUUUCCAUCCUGCGGACCCCCAGAGAUUCGAGGCCACACUGCACUUGUCCGUGAUGGACAAUCAAUAUGAUCAGAUCUGUGUUCAACUGGUGGGAGAGGGAUACAAGGACGACAUAACCAUCGAUAACAUCCAGAACCCAGGAGUGGCUCUCAGCCCCCAGGGAUCUGUGGAUGAAGAUGUCGUAGAAGCUCCUCGCACGGAUCACAUCAUCUUUGGAGAUUGUUACAUUGGUCAUCCAUACCAGGUGACCUUCACCAUGACAAAUCACAGCCAACUGGAUGCCAUAAGGUUCGAGUGGCCAUUAGAAGGGCACCUGAAUUUCUCUCCUCAGGUGGGUCACAUCCAUGCCUCUUGUGCCAAACACGUGGCUGUUACACUGAAGUCAGAUGUGCCACUCACACUCAGUAAGUCUCCAGUGAAAUGCAGAGUAUCGCGGAUUUCAUUUCCUCUUCCCUUGGACCAAAUACCUGACUGGGAUGAUAGAAUGAGAACAGUAAAGUGGGUUGAUAAUGCCAAGGUUAUCAAUGGGCAGCACCCCACAAAGAGAAAGGUGAUAGAGACCGACCCGGAGCCCAGCCAUGUAGUGAUAGAUGGGGGAAAUCGGGAUCUGGAACUGCUUGUCAGUGCUGUUGUGGAUCAUGCACAGUAUGUAGCAAAUUGUGACCUAGUGCAAUUCAAAGACACCCUUCUAUAUCAGACCCGCGUGUACAAGUUCCACAUGCAGAACACUGGCUCUGUCCAACUGCACUUCUCCUGGCAAGUCCAUAUGGAAGCACAGGACCAAGGGUUCCAAAUCUCCCCCAGACUUGUUGGCAUGCAAGAGCCCCUGGGAAGUGCGAGAACCUCUUCCAGUGACAGCCGUCCUCCCAGCAUUAUAGAAAGUGUGUCCUCAAUGCUUUCUGUGGGACCAGAUGCUGUACCCUUCUCUGUGCAGCCGAGCAGUGGUCUGAUUCCAGCUGGAGAAACUCAGGAAUUUCUCAUCAAGUUCUCUCCUCUGAGUGUUGGAGAAUUGGGGGGAUGUUUGACCUGCAGAAUCCCCAACCUCCGUGAGGACCAGCAGGAACUGGUGCUCCCAGUUAAAGGAUGCAGCAUGCUGCCUUACUGCCACUUCCAGCUGGAAGACUCUGAUUAUAUCACCAACAGGAGGCGGAACCCAGAACUAGGAGGGCCUCGUGGGGCACCUUCUGGAACCACACUUGACCCCAAUACUAGAGUGAUCGAGUUUAGCUCUGUGGGAGUGAGAACUAAGAACACUAGGAAAUUCUGUAUCCUUAAUCCCACCAGUAGUCCGUACUCCUUUCUCUGGACUUGUGAUGAUCCAUCAUGUUUUCAGAGCUCUUUGGCUUUCCGCUGCCUGAGUGAACAAGGUGUUAUCCAGGCUGAAAAGAAAGUAGAGGUCACCUUUGAGUUUGUCCCUCAAGUCACUGGUAUUACAGAGUCCUUUUGGUCCUUCACCAUCCCUGAGCAGAACAUUGUGGUGCCCUUCCUGCUUGUGGGAAAGGCCAGUGAACCGUGUGUGUCUCUGGACAGGUCUCACCUGAACUUUGGCUCUCUCUUGGUUGAUCAUGAAGUGCAGGAAACCCUCUAUUUGAUUAAUAAUGAAGAUAAACCCAUUACCUUUUCUAUCCGUGAAAGCUCCUGCUAUUCUGAGGGACAUGGCCAAGGUUUAAUGGUGAAACCCAUGGGAGCUACAAUCGCACCUCUUAGCAGGAUACCCCUGCAUAUUGCAAUGAAACCUACACAGGCUGGCAGUGUAAACUUCAGAUUGAUCUGUGAUGUCCUGACAAUGACCGAGGCUCUGUACCUGAACGUGAAGGCUGAGGGUCACAGCACAGCAGCAUAUUUUCAGUACCAGGAUAGCACUGGGAACAUAACCAGCCUGAGCCUUCAGGGACCAAAUAAAAUUGACCUAGGACAGGUAGACAUUAAUGACCGCUCAAUGCUGCAGUUUAAUGUGUUGAACAACGGACGAUUCCCCUUCAGUUAUUCGUGUUCACUGAGCGCUCCACAAGGACUGCGGGAUUUUCUGAGCAUUUCUCCCACCAGUGGCUGUGUAGAACCUGGGCAGAAAGCUCUGUCCUUAUUCACCUUCCAACCAACCAGGAAAUGUAUCUUAAAGGACACCGAGCUGCAAAUAAAGGUAGAAACUGGGCCAGAGUUGAGAUGCUGUUUUAAUGCCACAGUUGUGAGGCCUGGAAUCCACUUUUCUUUCAAACGACACAAUUUUGGGAAUUGCUUCAUCUACCAAGUUGGAAUGCACCCUGUCCGGAAAACUCUAGUCAUUAUUAACAAAGAUGACCGGGAGAUCAGCCUAGAUUGUCUGUAUAGCAACACGGCACACCUUGAAGUUGACUUCCACUCUAAUGUGCUGUGUCCUGGUGAAAAGGUGGAGAUUCCUAUCACAUUUUACCCUCGUGCAGGAUUACUCUAUCAGGAAGCCGUUGUCUUUCAGAUGAACAGCCAUUCCCAGCAGCUCAUCCAUAUCCAAGGCCAGGGAGUAGAGAUGAAGGUUGAAGUAGCGAAUCCUAAACACAAAGUGACUAAUUUUGGAGCUGUGAGAGUUGGAGAGACGGUAAAGAAAAGUAUUCCUAUUGUAAACAAUAGCAUGUCACCCAUCACAUGCACAUUUACACUCAGCCCAAAUACCCCUGUGCUGCAGGAUCACGAGGUCCUCCUGCUGUCCCCCAGUUCAGAGGUGACCAUUCCUCCGCAAGGCGGCAUGUGUAAGCUCGAGAUGCGUUUCAGACCCACUUGCAGGAUUGCUCCGUUUACAGAGGAAGUUAUGUUUGAAGCAGCUGGCAUAAUGCACUCAUUACUGGUUCUCCGAGGGAGCAGCCAGGGAUUGGAGCUCAGCUUCGAUCAAGAAUAUAUAUCAUUUGGAGCUGUGGUGCUACAGAGUCAGGCCACACGCCGGAUCAUCCUCAACAACACCGGCGAACUGGGAGCGAGGUUUCAGUGGAAUGCCAAGAGGUUUCAGCCAGACUUUUCAAUCUCUCCUGUCUCUGGUUAUAUCACGGCCGGGACUGAUGUCACUUUCGAGGUUGUCUUUCAUCCCCGAGAGAUUAACACUGACAUUCGCUAUGAAAAUCUAUCCUGUCUUAUUGAAGGAAACACGACUCUGAAUCUGACUCUCUCAGGUUCCUGUAUUGGGCCACCUGCCACUAAAGAGGUUAUAAGUUUCCAGUGCCCAGUGAGAAACAAACAGACGCAGAGCAUCCUCCUGACUAAUAAGACGAGCCAUGCCUGGAAUUUGCAGCCCGUGAUUGAUGGCGAGCACUGGAAAGGGGUAGAAACUGUGAGGGUGGAUGCACACCAGCAGAACAGGACAUACGACAUCACUUACUGCCCCCUGACCAUGAGCAGUGAGGGCAAGAAGCACCAGGGGUCCAUCUUCUUCCCACUACCAGAUGGGACAGGUUUAAUGUACCUGCUUCAGGGAGUGUCUGAGCCCCCUAAAUCAUCUGGCAAUGUUAUCCGAGAGGUGCCGUGCAAAACCUCAUACACUGAACUCCUCCAUGUCAGAAACUGGCUGCCCAAAACACAGAGGUUUCGAGUCGUUGUCGAUAUGGUGAAACCAGAACGCCUAGAUAGCACCACCACCAUUAAAGGCCUGGAUUAUCUUGAAGUACCGGGGGCAGCCAAAAGAGAUUAUAAACUGUCUUUUCACUCUCACAAAGAGGGCACCUUUUCUACAAAGGUGACCUUCCGCAAUGAGAUUACCCAAGAAUAUUUAUUUUACUUUAUUACUUUCAAAGCAAUACCACCAGGUAUCAUCAGCACCAUAGAGAUGGUAACACCAGUUCGGCAGAGUACAGUUGCCACUGUGAAGGUGGACAAUCCCUUAACAUUACCCGUCACAUUUGUCACAGAGUGCAGAGUGCCAGAGAUUAAUCUACCCCCUCAUCUUACCGUACCUGCACAGUCUGAGGGAAGCCUGAUGUUUGAGUAUCAGCCCUUAAAGGCCGGUGAGUCAGUGGGACGGCUGACCUUGCAGAGCAAUGACUUGGGUCUGUUUCAGUAUGACUUGCUUCUCAAAGCCAUGCCGGCCCUGCCUGAGAAACCACUUUAUUUUCGUACAACUCUGGGGUCCAACCAGUCCCUGAGUGCCAAAUUUAUUAACUAUACCCGACAAAGGACGGAGUAUAGCUGCAAGGUUGAUAAUUCUGAUUUCCACGUGGAGAAGGUUGUCAUGGCGGCUCCAGGCUCACAGGGUGGUUCUGAAGUCAGUGUUGAAGUCACCUACGAACCCAUCCAACUUGGGGAGACACGAGCAGUCCUGCUCCUCUCUUCUCCGCUUGGGGGAGAAUACACUGUACCACUUUUUGGCUCUGCUCUACCCCCAAAGCCACAAGGCCCACUACAGAUCCGUGCUGGCUCCAGUAUCUCGAUCCCCUUCAAGAAUGUCUUCCUACAGCCAACAACCUUCACUUUUCAGACAGAUCCUCCAGUUUUUACGGCCAAGCCCUGCGAACAAGUUCGCCCCAAGAAGACCCACUACAUAUCUGUCGGUUUUGAAGCCUCUCACAGUGGAAGCAAGCUCCCAGUUACUGGCAAGCUGGUAGUCUCAUGUCCUCGAGUCACCGGAAACACCCAAGCAAUUUACUGGAUCUAUUACCUGAAGGGGGUGGUCUCUGAAAAGUGACAUUGCCUGUCUCAUUCCAAGCCCUGUAUAAGUGGCAAAUACGGUUUUAAUCGUUUAUCUUUAAUCCCGAUGUAAUUUAUCCCGUCCUAUGCUCUCUAUAUUACAGUAAUCUCUGGGCUAUGAUUAGUGGCCUUCUGGGAAAGUUGUUGAUUUUGGAUGUGAUGUCACCUCACAGUCUCCUCAAAAUCCUCUGCUUUCUCUGUCUCCCGGUAACAAGCUUUUCACAUCUUGCCUUAAAGUUUUAUAUUUUUAAAUAAAAUGUUUAAAUAAAUGCAUAGAUAUAUUCAUCACAAAGAGA